CUGAAGCUGUUCUGCGCGAUCAUAGGUGUGGCAGACACGUUCCGCGUGGACAUCGACGCGGGUCAGUCAGUUGGAGACUUGAAGAAGGCGAUCAAGCUGGAUAACGCAAAGAUGAUCACGGGCGACGCCAGGAGCCUGAAGCUUUUCCUGGCGAAGAAA